AUUUAUUUUUAUUUUUUUAUUUUUUUCCUCUUCAAAGAUACAUAACAGCUCCCCUCCUUUUUCUUUUUCUUUUUCUUUAUUUUUUUCACUGUUUCAUUAACAAAAUGUAUAACAUUAGAUCUUAUUACAAUCAUCAGCAGGAGCAACCUCGAGCAGGCAUUUUGUGUAUCCGUUUAUGUGAAGCGAAAGGAAUUACUUUACCACAAGGAGCAGUAGUACCGACGAGAACUACAGUUCCUAUAAAUGAAAAUAAUCAUAAAAAGCAGGUCUACUGGUGGUUACCCUAUGUAGUUUUAGAAUUUGAUAAAAACGAAGUAUUUAUAGAUGCAGUAGGUGGUGAUACGAGUUGUCCUGUCUAUAAUUACAAAGCUAAUUUUGAUGUCUCUUGUUAUUCAAAUGUCUUUAUUUCCAUUUAUUUACGUCAACCAUACCCAUCACAACAUGAUGCGGUAAAAAAAGCACAUCAUAAUGAUUAUUUCUUGGGAAGAAUUACCCUUCAACCCAAUUUUAACAAUCCACAAGUUAUCUUGAAUCAAGUCUAUUCUAUUAUUGGUGGUACAGGUGCGAUGUGGAUUCAAUCCUGCUAUUAUUAUUAUCCUCAUCAUCAAACACCACCACUAACACCACUACCACAACAACAACAACAACAACAGCCAACAUCUUCCAAUAUCCAUAUUCAAUCCUUUGACCUUCUUCGAGUCAUCGGAAGAGGUAGCUUUGGUAAAGUAUAUGCAGUUCGAAAAAAGGACACAAAUCGAAUCUAUGCAAUGAAAGUUUUAAAGAAAUCUCGUAUUAUCUCAAGAUCUGAAGUCACCCAUACAAUGGCAGAAAAGACAGUUUUAGCUCGUGUGAAGAAUCCCUUUAUUGUCCCUCUAAAAUUUGCUUUUCAAAGCCCUGAUAAACUUUAUUUAGUGUUGGCCUUUAUAAAUGGGGGUGAGCUUUUUCGACAUCUUCAGGAACAAGGAAAAUUUAAUGAGGAAAAAGCGAGAUUUUACACAGCUGAAUUACUUUGUGCAUUAGAGUGUUUACAUGAUUUUAAUGUUAUUUAUCGUGAUUUAAAACCAGAAAAUAUUUUAUUGGAUUAUAAUGGGCAUAUAGCAUUAUGUGAUUUUGGCUUAUGCAAGUUAAAUAUGACAGAUUCUAAACGAACAAAUACAUUUUGUGGUACUCCUGAAUAUCUUGCACCUGAAUUACUUUUAGGUCAAGGUUAUACAAAGACAGUCGAUUGGUGGACAUUGGGUAUUUUACUUUAUGAAAUGUUAACAGGUCUACCGCCCUUUUAUGAUGAAAAUACAAAUGAAAUGUAUAGAAAAAUAUUACAAGAGCCAUUAAGAUUCCCCGAUGAUAUGUCAGAAUCAGCACAAGAUCUUUUAAUAAAGCUUUUGGCCAGAGAUCCUAAUCGAAGAUUAGGUAAUCGAGGCACAGACGAGAUCAGAAAUCAUUCCUUCUUUAGAUCAAUUGAUUGGGUAAAAUUAAUGCGAAAGGAAAUACAACCCCCUUUUAAACCUACAGUGAAAAGUGCCUACGACACAACAAAUUUUGAUGAAGAAUUUACAUCAGAACAGCCUGUAGAGUCUGUUACAACAGAAGAAGAUUCACACAUAUCAAAGACAAUGCAAGAACAAUUUAAAGGAUUUACUUAUGAUCCAAAUGAAGGUGCGGGUAUUUCCUUGAAUAAUAGUUACAAUUAUAGUAGUGAUAAUCAUAGUUUUAUAAACCAUUCAAGUUGGAUUCAACAACUGCAGCCUAUAACUGUAUCAACUAAUGCCAAUAGCAAUUAUUCAGCGUGCUAUUACCAGCAAUGAUACACUUGCUAGUAUAAUUGUAUAUUUUU